AUGGAAGGUACCGAUUCACAGUCCACACCAACAAAUGAAGGAUCGGCAUCAAAGUCAAGUUCUGAAAAUGUUAGGCAAAAAACUGAUAUAGCUUGGAGAUAUGCUAUAGAAGGACAAGAUUCACAAGGUAGAAGAAUUUUGAUAUGUCAAUGGUGCAGUAGUAUUUUUAGAGGGGGAGGUAUUAAUCGAGUGAAGCAUCAUCUUGCAAAAGUAAAGGGUAAUGUGGCUCCAUGCAAAAAUGUGCCAAAUGAUGUUCAGCAGAUAAUGGAAGAUUCAUUGAACGAAAAUGUUAAAAAAGCAAAAGAGAAAAAAGGGAUAUUUGAAAUUGGAAAUCCAUUGGGCCGAAGUGUAGCGGGAUUUGAAGAUGAUGAUAUUCAAGAAAUUCCUCAUCCAAAAACAAAGACUCAAACUAACAUGAGUGGGAAUAAGGGAAAAAGAAAGGCACAUGGCAUUGAAUCUUAUAUGACAGGUAAAUCUCUUGAUCACUCUCAACCGAGUAUCAAGUCUUGUAUGCAAAGUAAAGAGAGAUGGCAUGAUACUGACAUGGCUAUAGCUUUGUGGUUUUAUGAUGUAUGUAUUCCAAUGAAUGCUUGUAAUUCUCCCUAUUACCAACAAGCAAUUGGAAAAAUAACAAGUAUGGGUCAUGGUUAUCAAGGACCUAGUUAUCAUGCUUUAAGGGUAACUUUGUUGAAAGAUGCAAAGAAGCAAGUUGAAUUAAUUGUUGACAAUCUACGUAGUAAAUGGGCUGAAACUGGUUGCACAAUUAUGGGUGAUGGCUGGAAGGAUAAUAGGCAAAGAAGUUUGAUCAAUUUUUUGGUCUAUUGUCCUAGUGGGAUCUCAUUUAUCAAAUCUGUUGAUGCUUCAGAUUUUGAGUCUAAUGCUGAAUAUUUGUGCAAUCUGUUUUCAGAAAUUGUUGAGAUUGUUGGAUCUAGUAAUGUUGUUCACAUGGUCACAGAUAAUGCAAGUAAUUAUAAAGCUGCCGGUCGAUUACUUUCUGAAAAAUAUCCUACAAUUAGUUGGUCUCCUUGUGCAGCACAUUGUUUGAAUUUAAUUAUGAAAGAUAUUGGAGAAAUGACUCAUGUGAAAGAUGUAAUUACUCUUGCUUCAAGAGUCACUGUGUAUGUUCAUAAUCGAAAGUGGAUUCUUAGUUGGUUAAGAAAAAGGCCUGGUUGGAGAGAGAUUCUUCGUCCUGCGGAAACACGAUUUGGUACUAAUUUUAUUGCUUUGAAGAAUCUUCAUGAUUUGAAACAACAUUUGGAGGCUUUAGUGACUUCUAGUGCAUACAAGAGAGAGUUGAAAAAUGAAAAAGGUAAAGAAGUCAAACAAAUUGUUGUUGAUGGGAAGUUUUGGAAUAAUUGUUUGAUUAUUGUGAGAAUUAUGGGUCCAAUUAUGCGCUUGUUGCGCAUUUGUGAUUCUGAUGAAAAACCAUCAUUGGGUUAUGUAUAUGAAGGCAUGUGGAGAGUUGUUAAUGGCAUUAAAGAGCUGUUUAAGAAAAAGAAAAAGUUCUAUGGUCCAUACAUUGAUAUAAUUGAUAGGAGGUGGGAUAAUAUGUUGAAAAAAGAUCUUCAUGCAGCUGCCUUUUGGUUGAAUCCGGCCUUUCAAUAUGAUAAGGAUAGCCCUUGUCACAUGCCUGAGAUUAUGAAAAGUGUUUUAGAAGUCAUGCAAAAGCUAAAAAUGGAUGGACUUCAAUAUAUGAUGGAUGAAAUAUCAAUGUUUAGGUCAAAGGAUCAAAGUUUUGGAUUUGAAUUUGCUCAAAAUACUCACAAAACUGCCCGUCCAGGUAUGCCUACUCUAAUUUCACAUUGA